AUGAGGAUAGUGGGAUUGACUGGAGGCAUCGGUUCAGGGAAGAGCACAGUCUCCAAUCUUUUUAAAGCCCACGGUAUUCCAGUUGUUGAUGCUGACGUCGUUGCUCGAAAUGUAUUGAAGAAAGGCAAGGUGGAUCGCCCAAGGCUUGGGCAAAUUGUCUUCUCCGAUCCUGAUAAGCGCCAGCUUCUUAAUAGAUUGCUUGCACCUUAUAUUUCGUCUGGAAUUUUCCUCGAAGCGUUGAAUCUAUGGAUGAAGGGAUGUAAAAUUAUCGUUCUUGACGUGCCUCUACUGUUUGAGGCCAAGAUGGACAAGUGGACGAAGCCCAUUAUUGUAGUUUGGGUUGAUUCUCAGACUCAACUUCAGCGACUUAUGGCUAGAGAUGGAACAACGGAGGAAGAGGCGAAAAACAAGAUCAAUGCUCAGAUGUCUCUGGAUCUAAAAAGAACCAAGGCAGAUAUUGUGAUUGAUAACACAGGAUCAUUGGAGGAUUUGAACGUUCGCUUCAGUGAGGAAAAUCUUGUAAUUGAAUAA